AUGGCUGAAUCGUUACCCACGAGUGUCUCUGCCUUUCAUCACCGCCGCUCACGAGCCGAUUCCACAGCAAGCUUCUCAUUCUGGCAGGAAGAAGAUGAACUGAAUGACCCCCUUGCGAUAGAGGAGCGGCGCAUCGGGGAUCUGGACGAGCUCCCGUUCGACGACGAACUCGACGAGGAACAGGACUCUACCGACCUCGAACGAACCGCCGAGGAAAACGAUUACGUCCUCCAUCGGCGCGCAUCCAUGCAAUCCCGAGGGGACUCUGUGCACAGUAUGUUGCUACGUAGGGACAGUGGCACAUCGGCAGGGAGUGGAUAUGGGUCGAAUCGACACAGUCAAAAGGCGCAUAUUCAGAAUGAGGACCUCUACAUUGCGAUCGCCGGGUUCAGAACCAGUAAAAUCGGCUAUGCUCUGUACCUUUUGAUAUGCGUAUUCACGUUGGGGGUAGGGUGGCUAAUCUUCUACUGGUCGCCAAAGUGGCGAGUCAAGCUGGUUGGGAGGUCCGCGCUCCUCAGGGAGUGCGAGUGGGUGGUGGUGGAAAACUCGUGGAACGAGAUGACCGCGGUGGAUGUGGUAUCGAAGGAGUAUGGGAGGACGCUUUCGACAGUUUUUGGGUCGCCUUCCAAGUUCACUUCGUACCUCCUGGAUGACGAUCCAGAUCCAAUUCUUCCGGAACUGAGGUACAUAGACUAUCGCCACAUUCGCUUCUUCUUCCACCCUGUGCGCGACAAAUUUCUCAUCUGCAAUGGCUGGAAGGAUCCCCUCUGGACAGAUGUCCAAGACGUUCGCAAUGGUAUCGACAACGACGAGCAGGUCAGCCGUCGCACUGUCUUUGGGAAAAACGAUAUCAAUAUCGAAAAGAAGACUAUUGGCCAGCUCCUCGUGAAGGAAGUCUUUCACCCAUUCUACGUGUUUCAAGUCGCCAGUCUUGUCCUAUGGUCUCUGGACGAAUACUACUACUACGCUUGCGCCAUCUUCUUGAUCUCGGCCAUUUCUAUCAUACAGACUUUGAUAGAAACACGGCAGACUGAGAGGAGACUUCGGGACAUUUCUCGGUUUGAGUGUGAUGUCAGAAUCUGUCGACACGGCUUCUGUAAGUUUCUCUCCUCUUUUGAGGUCAAUGGGCACUUCUUGCGCGAACUAGUACCCGGUGACGUCUACGAAGUCAGCGACCCCAGGUUGACUCAGUUUCCUGCCGAUAGCAUCCUUCUAAGCGGUGACUGCAUUGUCAACGAGAGCAUGCUCACAGGAGAAUCGAUACCUGUAACCAAAACCCCAGCUACAAACGACACGCUUCAGAAGCUUGAUUUGAAUGCUCCAACACCAGUAGCCGAGGUGGCCAAACACACUCUGUUUUGCGGAACCAAGAUCAUCCGCGCUCGAAGGCCUCAGAAUGAAGAUGAACAAGCUGUUGCUCUUGCCAUGGUUAUCAAGACCGGCUUCAACACAACAAAGGGUGCCUUGGUUCGGUCAAUGCUCUUCCCGAAGCCGUCUGGCUUCAAGUUCUACAGAGAUUCCUUCCGGUACAUUGGUGUGAUGGCCAUUGUGGCAGCUGUUGGUUUCUUGGCCAGUAUCGUCAACUUCAUUCACCUUGGCUUGGCGUGGCAUGAAAUCAUCAUUCGCGCCCUGGAUCUGAUCACGAUUGUGGUUCCACCGGCGUUGCCAGCCACCUUGACUAUUGGCACCACCUUUGCGGUGCGCCGGCUCAAGAGACAGAACAUCUUUUGCACGAGCCCGCAGAGGGUCCAGGUUGGAGGAAAACUUGACAUUAUGUGCUUUGACAAGACUGGGACUUUGACAGAGGAGGGCCUUGACAUCCUUGGUGUGCAUCUCGUUUCUAGGGACACCAACAAGUUUAUUGAUUUGAUUGAGAAUCCUGAUGAUUUGGCGGUUGGUCAUGACCAGCCCCCUGCUGUGGGGGGUAAGCCUGACACCAGGUCGACGGCGCUUUAUACCAUGGCCACUUGCCAUGCGCUGAGGAAGAUCGAUGGCGAGAUGCUCGGGGAGCCUCUUGAGCUAAAGAUGUUUGAGUUUACAAAGUGGUCUUUCGAAGAGGGUGACCUGGGUGGUGGAAGAGGGGAUGACGAGGAGCAAGGAACUCUGAAGCCUUCAAUCGCUAGGCCGCCUCCGGACGCGAAAGCUGAUGGCACUGGGGAGGCAUCUUCUAUCGAACUGGGUGUGCUCAAGUCGUUUGAGUUUGUGUCUCAUCUUCGCCGGGCCAGUGUCAUUGUCAAAGACUUUGGCAAGCCAAGCGGAGACAUUUAUGUCAAGGGUUCGCCUGAGUGUAUGAGGGAGAUUUGCAAGCCAGAGACAUUCCCUGAGGACUAUGACGAGGUCUUGGGGCAGUAUACUCGCAAGGGGUACAGAGUCAUCGCUUGUGCCUCGAGACAUAUCAAGAAGCUCAGCUGGGUCAAGGCUCAGAAGAUGCACAGGCAUGAUGUCGAGUCGAACCUCGAGUUUGUCGGCUUCAUCAUUUUUGAGAACAAGCUCAAGCCUACCACGGCGGCGGUACUCAAGGAGCUUGGAGAUUCUAAUAUCGGAACUGUCAUGGUUACCGGCGACAACAUCUUGACCGCCAUCAGUGUGGCGAGGGAAUCUGGCAUGAUCAGCGAGACGGCACAUUGUUUCUACGCUCGGUUCGCAACAGGGCACACCAAAGACCCCAACGCCGAGUUACAGUGGGAGAGUAUCGACAACCCCAUCUACCGUCUCGAUCCCCGAACCCUACUCCCACUACCGGCUCCUCCGGAAGGCGACGCCUCGCUACCAUACGACAUCUCUAACAUGAGGAAUUACUCCAUCGCAGUCUCAGGCGAUGUCUUCCGCUGGGUAGUCGACUACGCCCCAGCAGAAGUAAUGCAGCGCAUGCUCGUCACCGGCAAGGUCUUUGCGCGCAUGUCGCCAGAUGAGAAGCACGAGCUGGUCGACAAGCUUCAGAGCAUCGACUACUCGUGCGGCUUCUGCGGCGACGGCGCCAACGACUGCGGCGCGCUCAAGGCAGCCGACGUUGGGAUCUCCCUCUCGGAAGCGGAAGCCUCUGUCGCAGCCCCUUUCACCUCGCGCGUCUUUGACAUCACGUGCGUCCCCAAAGUGAUAAGGGAAGGCCGGGCCGCGUUGGUGACGUCGUUUGCCUGUUUCAAGUACAUGAGUCUCUACUCGGCGAUCCAGUUCACGACAGUCUCGUUCCUCUACGCGUCUGCUUCCAACCUGGGGGAUUUUCAGUUUCUGUAUAUUGACCUGGCGUUGAUCCUGCCGAUAGCGGUGUUUAUGGGGUGGUCGAAACCGUACCCGGUGCUGUGCAAGAAGAAGCCGAUUGCGGAUUUGGUGUCUAGAAAGGUGCUGACGCCGUUGAUGUGCCACAUGGUGGUUUGUGUCGGUAUCCAAACGGUGGCGUUUGUGGGGGUGAGGGGGAUGGAGGGGUUUAUUGCGCCGACGACGCCAAAACCGGGGGAGAAGCCGGAUGUGGAGAAUAGCGAGGUGACGGGGUUGUUUCUGGUUAGUUGCUGGCAGUAUGUGCUUGCGGGGUGGGUGUUGAAUGCUGGGAGGCCGUUUAGGGAGGGGGUGGGGAAGAAUUGGCCUUUUUUGGUCACGAUGGCGACUGCGUUGGGGUUGAAUGGGUUUAUGGCUGUUGCGCCGCCGGAGUGGAUUGGGUUUAUGAGGUUGACGAGGACGAGUUGGGAGUACAAGGUUGUGUUUGUUUUUGGGUUGGGGGCGGGGGUAUAUUUGGGGUUGGCGUGGGUGGGAGAGCAUUAUGUUUUUCAGAGGUUGGCGGGGUGGGUUGGGCGGGUCAAGGGGUGGCUGAGGGGGGGGGAGAAGGGGGGUAAGAAGAGGAAGGAGUACAAGGUUAUUUUGGAGAGGAUGAGGUUUUGA